AACAUCAAAUCGGGUUGCAGCUUGGACCCGAACUCUUUACGUCGCUCCCUCCCAUUUCUUCGCGUCCCCGCCGUUGGUCAAUAUCUCCCUUCCCUCGGUUCUCCGGUCGCUACCCUUCUCCGGUUCAGCGCACCAGCUCACCUGGUGAAGUUCAUAAGCCUUAUUGUUCUUGCUCACUCGAGGUAGAACUUAUAUUGCAAUGGCUGAUGAGGAGAUUGUGGAUCCAAAGAAGUAUCUUGAAGAAUCCUGCAAGCCAAAGUGUGUGAAACCCUUACUUGAAUAUCAGGCGUGUAUAAAGAGGGUUCAGGGGGAUGACUCAGGGCACAAGCAUUGCACAGGGCAGUACUUUGACUACUGGUCAUGUAUUGAUAAAUGUGUUGCUCCAACUCUCUUUGCAAAGCUGAAAUGAUGCUUGCGAGCUGCAAAAUCAGUACCUUUUCUUUUCAAUUUUUUGGAAAUUGCGAACUGUACUUCAGUACUUUACUGGCUCGUCAUUUGCUCAAGUCCAGCAUGGCUGCAUUGUGCUGAUUGCUAAAACCUGAUGAAGCCAAAUACAUUUUUGCUAUAUUGAAGCGUGUUGCUCACCUUAUUUAUGGUUCCGUUAAUGAGAAAGCCAAAUAAAGAGACCAUCUGUCUUUUGUGGGCACG